AUGGCGAGUACACAGCACACGGCAUCGACGGAGCCGCUGAGGCAGGACGCCACGAUGCAGCCAGAGGUUGCCGUCGAGCCGCCGACGCCGCAAGACACGCCGCAGACCGAAAAAUCACUCGACCCGUUGCGACAGCCCGCUACGGAGGGCAUCGAAAUGGCCGACCACCGACUCACACAACCUGCCACCCACCCAUCGCUACAGAUCCCCGGCAUUGCCGUCGCAGACACUGAUGGCACCUCGGACGACCGUGGUCGCUCCACCACUGCAGGUGCUGCUACGCCCAAUGGCAACCUCAGCGCCCAUCCUUCACGGGCACCCUCACCGAACCCUUCGGCUCACCCUUCGGCUCUGUUCCCACACACGCAAGUCGUGUUCGAAGACCCAGACUUCGCGACCCCGCCGCCGCUCAAUUACAGCUUGCGUCCGCGCAAGAAGAGCAUCUUCUGGUUCUGGUUCUUAAUCUUCCUCGACUGCGUGUGCAUGCCCAUUGGCCUGUACUUUGGCAUGUGGUAUGGCCUGACGCGAGACCAAUUGAGCGCAAAUGCCGUCUUCAGUAUCAGCACGGCGUUGUUGGGCACAGUCAGUAUCGUGGAGUAUUUUAUCCGGUUCAGGAGACUUUGGAGGAAGAACUCGAAUUGCAGGGUUAUAGGAGCUAAGAGAUUCUACUUGGACUGGUUCCACUGGAAUCUUUCCGUCGGUUGGUUCUUCGUCAUGAUCGAGCUCAUCGCCGGCACCUGUCCGCACGACCCACCCAUCCGCCUCCUCGCCAUCCCUGCCUCCACCAUGCUCUUCGCCAUCGGCGUCGAGCUCCUCCUCGUCGAUGUCCUGCGUUUCGCGGGUGUUCGCGCGCCCUGCCGUAUCUCCUCUCUUCCUAUGGGCGCCCCGCUCCGCCCGGGCAUCUACGCCUACAUCGAAGACAUCUGCGCAGUCGACGGAAGCGGCGGCACCGAGUUCAGGCAGAGGUUGAACUUGAGAUACCAGGCGAGCAAGGCGUUCAGAGAGAUGCUGCAUCGCUUGACGCUGUUUUGGGCUAUCGGAGCGAUUGUUUGCUCAGCGGUCACGGUGGCCAUCGUCUUCACCAUCCAGCGCGAUGCCGCCUACAUCGUCGGUUGGGUCCUCCCCUUUCUCUGGGCCGGUGUCUGGACCGCCAUCACCAUUCCCUGGGUACAGCGCAGCCUGGCCCACGAGUACGAGCAGUGGACAACCGCAAAGUGGAAAGCUUAG